AUGUCGAGAAGGAUCAAAGUAGCGGCAGCGCAGCUGGGCGGCGUUACGAACGCCAUGAGCAUUGACAAUAAAGCGAGUAGAAAAAUGGUCCUGGACCGGAUGGUCGCGCUGUUGAACGACGCCGCCGACCGAGGUUGCGAUCUUGUCGUGUUUCCGGAGUUCGCACUGAUACCUGUUUUUGUGCGCUUUCAUGUCGCCCAAUUGGAGCAGUUUGACCACUUUUACGAACAAAGUAUGCCAUCCGAAAACACUCAGCGACUGUUCGAUACUGCCCGUGAAAGGGGUAUUGGUUUCAGUCUUGGAUACGCCGAACUUGUAGAGGAAGAGGGCCGUAUCCGACGGUUCAAUACGAUGAUCCUGGUUGACCGAUCCGGGGACAUCACACUGAAGUAUCGCAAGGUGCAUCUGCCCGGGAGCGCAGCGCCUGUUUCAGAUGAUCCCUUUCAAAACCUGGAGAAGUACUAUUUCGAGGUUGGGAACCUCGGUUUCCCGGUGGCAGAGUUCAACUCCUGCAAGAUUGGCAUUUGCAUAUGCAACGAUCGCCGAUGGCCGGAAACAUAUCGAAUGCUGCGCCUCAAGGGAGCCGAAUUAAUCCUGCUUGGCUACUCGUCUCCCGUGCAAAAUCCCCGCGAAAACCAGUCUCCCGAAUUGCGAAAUUUUCACAAUCUUCUGUGCAUGCAGUCGGGCGCAUAUCAAAACAGUUGUUUCGUCGUGGGCGCAGCAAAGGCGGGCAUCGAGGAUGGCGUGGAAUUGAUUGCGGGAAGCAGCAUUAUCAACCCUUAUGGCGAAAUACUUGCAAUCGCCAAAAGCUCCGAUGACGAGUUGAUUGUGGCGGAUUGCGAUAUGGCGGAAUGUGAACCGGGCCGGAAGGAGGAAUUCAAUUUCAACACGACCAGACGCCCGGAAUUGUAUGGAGCGCUCGUGGAGCCGCAUUGA